AUUGAAUUCUGUUCACUCUGUAGAAUUAGUUUUACUACUUCUAACUGUAGCUGAUGAAUGUAUUUAAUAUGAUGUGAUUCUGAGGGGAUUGUCAUAAAUCGUGCAUUAUAAUAUUUGAUGAUUUAUUUUUAAUUUAUUUUGUAUCAAAUUGUGGAACAUAAUAUAUUAAAAAAAGUUAUUUGAAAAACAUUUAGUAUUUUAUCAUUAAAAAUUAAUGAAUAGAUUGUGAAAAUGGAGGAAAAUAGUGAGAGUGAAGGAUUACUGGAAGCCUUUGAAAAAGGCAUUGUAUUUGACGACACAAAUGUUAUGACAGAGUCUAGUGAUUAUGACGAUUAUACGAACCUUGGUGACAAUGUUGACAUUGUCAUUGGCGAUUUUUACGCUCACAACAACAUUGGUUUAGACCAGGAGUUCCCAAAUGUGCCGAUAGAGGUUUACGAACAGUUAGGUGGGAAUGUAAGCGACGAUGAGUUCCUAAACAGUCCAGUAACAACCCCUGGUGAUUUGCAAAAAGAUAUUUUGAACACACAAAACGAUGUUAAUCUUGUCAGUAGUGGCAUUUUAACAAGUAAUAAUGAUAUUGGCCUAAAGAAGGAAUUUGUGCAGCAUUUGCUUUUAGGUAGUAACAUUAAGAAAGCGAAUGAUUGCGAUAAAGAAGAAAAGGGUAAAGAUCAAGAUUCCCUCAAACAAAAUGUCGAAGUUGAAGGGGUGCAUGACAAGGGUCAAUCAGAAAAAGGGUAUUUUGAAGGCUCAGAAAAAUCGAAAGAUAUUUUAAAAAAGUUUUUCACGUUGACCACGCAGAAUAAAUUCAGUGUCUCUCCAAGGAUUAGAAGUUCUAAAAAAAUAUUUCCGCUCGUUAAAGAGGCUACUGCAGCAAAAUGUGUCUUGGAGAAAAAUGCGUUUAACAGGUCAUUCGAGGACAUCAAGUACAAGAACUUAAAAUGGGAAAUGACAAACAUUAUCCUGGGUGAAACAGAGUUGAAAGUGUUCAAGGCAUCAGGAUAUAUGGAGACAUGCAUUCCAUACUCGAGUGUCGAGGAUGUGCACAUUAUUUCCCGCUGGGACGCUGGACAGAAGUUUUGUAUACGGGUCACCAUACCGGAUGGUUCUUUGCUUCUACAGGCUAACAACUCCCACUUGCGAGACCAGUGGCUUUACUCUAUACAGUGGAGGAAACACAUGUACAAAUAUCAGAAGCUUCUAACAAAUACGAGACGACCAGAGGUCCUUAUCAAAGAGAUCAAGAACAUGAUCGAUGUUUCGCUGCACACGCCAAUUCAAGAUCCAAGUGUAUACCAGUUUCCACUGGACUUGGUUUCAGAACUUUUGCAAAUGAAGGCAGAUGUUAUAACGAAGGUGGCACAUGAAAAUAUAAUCAUCACGCUAGCUCCACUGCUGGAGAAUAAUCACCCGACACAGGAAAUAUGCGACUUUUUCAGCAAGCAUUGCAAGAACAGUCCGCGAUCGAGUAUUGUGAUCGAAUUGUUUACACCAGUUGUACAGAGAAUCCUUAAACACAAUAUGGAUUUUGGAAAAUUUCCCCGAAUGCGGCAAUUUGUUCAAGAAUACAUCCAGGCGUUGAAUUGCCAGAACGCGGGCAUCGAAGUGGUCAAAGACUUCAUACGCAGCAUGCACGGUCCAGCAAGCGUUUGUCCACACCCCCGAGUGCUGCCAAACCUCGUGGCUGUCUGUCUAGCUGCCAUCUACAGUGUCUAUGAGGACAAGAAAUUGGAAAAGCAGGAUAAUAUUUCAUCGCACAUUUUCGACCAAUCUGACUGGGAGAAGAGAGUUACUUGUUAUGUGAAAAUGAUGGAGACAAUGUCAACUUUCGAGGACUGGCGAUAUAUUUUAGGCAGCCUGCUACAACCGAUACCCUUUCCUAUUGACGCAUUAGCAGACGAUCUGUUUACUUCGAACAUGAAGGAUGUUAUUCGGAACAUAGCAGUAGACAAAGUUUGCGAUGUCCACCAGACCAUACUGGGUAUCCGGGAAGGCAAGGAGGGAUGGUUCCACCUGUACUGUCCUGGAAACAUUGGCUGUGAUGAUGAUGGGGAACUCUGGGGACAAAUGUUGAACACGUUGAUGCACUGUUGCUGUAAGAGAAAACACUUUCUGUUUGGGCUGAACAAGCAGAUUGGGCCGGUGAUGUUACUCGCCCUGCGCGAGACUAUAGCUGCUAUGGAGGUUUUAUGUAGCAUGUUGGAGUGUGAUGUGGUGGAAAAUAACGACCUCAAGAUGCAGAUGGUCACAACAUUACAGAGCACUCAGUCUGGGAAACGCAUGUACGCUGACCUAUGUGAGAGACAGAUCGCCCUCAGGGAACUCCAACAGAAAGGUGGCCCAAAGAAGCUGACGUUGCCGUCCAAGUCGACGGACGCAGACCUCGCGAAGAUGUUGAGCUCUGGCUCAUUUGGAAACCUGGAGUGUCUGAGCCUGGCAUUCACUCAAGUCACAAGUGCCUGUGCUGACGAUCUGAUCAAGCUGCCAUCACUCCGAUAUCUCAAUCUCUGGUCAACACAGUUUGGAGAUGUAGGUGUACAGAAGAUAUCAGAACACCUCCAUAAACUACAGGUGUUAAACCUGUGCGAGACGCCAGUCACAGACAAGGGGCUAAGCUGUAUUGCAGCCCUGAAGAAUUUAAGAAAACUCAAUCUGAACAGUACCAACCUUUCAGCUCUGGUGUUUGAAGGCCUUAAGGAAAAGCUGCCUGCCUUGCAGGAGUGUGAUGUUCGAUACACAGAGGCCUGGUGCAUCUAGAAGGGGGAUUCAGGCCCUUGUUUCCCCACCCCAUUCCUGCCCUGACAUUACCCCACCCACGCUGUAUACUAGACAUACAUUAUUACCCCACCCACUAUAUACAUAGUGGAUAAAAAAAUUCAGCCACUAGAUGUAGUCUUGUGGUAAAAGGGGAAACUGAAUACUGAUUUGUACACAGAUCAUUUUGGUACAUUAAAAAGAUGAAUGUUAAGUCCAGGUCACAUUUUAUAAGAGAAAGUUACAGUUGAAACAAACACACUGACAGGAAGUUACAUCAGACAUCCAACAGUGUGUUAUGUAGGGAAUACUGUGUAGUUCCCUUGUGUAAAAAAAACACUUUAUGUACAGUUGUGUUAUGUUUAUAUUCAUAUACCAUCAUUGGAGAAAACAUUGUUGGUCCAUUUAUGCCCUUCAAUCAUACAGAUUUUGAAUGGAGGCUACUUUAAACGUCCAUCCAAGAAAAAUAUUAAUUAAAUAUUUCGUGUUUGGAAUAAGAUUAUGUUUACACUUGAAUACAGUUCAUCAUGUAUAUAAUUUAGUCAUACAAUUCAUGCAUUUAGUCAGAGACUGAAAAAAACAAUGGUUAAAAACGCUUUAGUUGAAAUACAGGCCUCAGUAUCUUAAAAAUACUUAAGAAAUUACUCAAUAAGUUACUCAACUCUUUAUACCUCUUUACAGCCUUGCAUGGUUAAAAAAAAAAUAUGUUUUGAAUCUGUUAAAAUCAUACUCUCAUUUUGAUUAUUUCAAUAUAGAUAUUUGAUAUUAACGAUUAAAGAAAAGUUGUUGAAGAGCUUGAAAUUACUCAUACAAAUUUGAAGGUGCACUGAACUGUUUUCUGCAAAUAAAAUGAGCUAAGGUAUACACACACAAUUUGGUUAAAAAAGGGUAAGAAAUGAACAUCUGAUUGACCAUAAUUUAUUUCCAUUUCAUAAUAAUACACCUAGGAUUUAAAUAUUGUACUUAGUUGAGCAAGAUUGUUAGAGAAACAGACCGGUUCACUCUUCGUAGUUUCAGUUCUUCAAAACGCAGUUUAUACCAACGUCAAAACUAUGUGGCAUAUAUUGGAAAAUAUUUAUAAUGUAUACAUAAAUAUUAUGGAGGAGAUGAAGAGCUGAACAUUCUACAUUCUGGUGUAUUAUACUGCCAUGUUAUCUUUUUUUUGUUUUUUUCCAUUGUUGAACAAUCAAUAUUACUGUAUAUCUUUUUUGUUAUUGUUUAUUUACACCGUAAUUGUUCAUAUUAGUAUGAAAAUAUUUACGUUGUUACAUGAAAAAGCAAUGAUUUCAAGCUUUUUUCUACAUUUUUCCUUUUUUGAUGUGCUGUUAAGGUUUAAUACCUUUAACAUAAGCUACAGGCUCCUUCUAAAUUCAGAAUUCAAGAUGCCAAUAUGCAUAAGAAGAGGUUCUGUUGUAAUUUAUAGACAAUUAUUAAAAGCUAUAAAAAGAUGCUUAAAAUAAAGCUUGUUCGUUUGUAUACUAAUCACUUGCAUUAACUCUGGGAUAUGCUUAACAAUUCUUGCAACUGAGGCGGUUGACCAUGAAGAUGAAAUAAGAAUGGGUUGUUUUUAGCUCUACUGGCCAAAGGCCAGAAGAGCUUAUGCCAUGGUAAUGUGUACGUAGUAUGUGCAUCCAUGUGGUCGUGCGUCCGUGCGGUCGUGCAUUCGUGCGUCUGUAAACAAUUGGUUGUGAACACGAUACAGUCUUCAGUUUUGAUUGUAUCUCGAUGAAACUUGUACAGUAUCUAGAUAUCCAUUAGAGCUCGGUUCCUUUCGAAAACCAGCCAGAUCCGCCCAUGAGUGCCUAGAUUAUGGGCCAUGAAAGUUUUAAAGAAUUGCUUUCUAUUUUUAGCCAGGUCUGCAUAAGCGAAUUCUAUUUUUAGCCAAGUUUACAUGUACAUGUAAAUUCAAGUCUAGAGUUAAGGGAGACAAUUUGCAAGUCUAGGAUUUUGAGAGACAAUUUGCUUUUUGCUUCUGCAGUUGAUUUUGUGAAUUACUCUGCCUUGUUCUUGUUGAAAGCCCAAAGGCCAUUUUUUAGCUUUAAGUUCUGUAGUUCGCGCAUUCAUCUUAACAAAAUUGGUUGUGAAUGUUUAAGUUAUGCACCUGGUGUCAUUACUGGCCACACCCAGGGUUCACAGGUUUGGUAAACAUAAAUCUGGAAAGGUUUGAAAAUCUUUUUGUGUGUUCGUGCAUCCAUCUCAGCACAAUUGAUUGUGAAUGUUUGUUCAAAUUGAUCAAUGUUGUCCUAGGAUGCCCUUGACUUUGACCUUUUGACCAACUUUUUUUAACUUUUAAAACUACAAAAAAAAAUUCUAUGAGUACAGUUUUGAAAGCAUUUUUUUUUUUGUCAGAUGACUUUUACUUGGCACAUAUUAAAAUAGUUCAUGCAACUAAUCUGCUUACAAUACUUUCUGGGCUCAGAUGUUGAAGGUGCUACGUUUUCAGGUAACCCAAACACAAAACAUAAACUAUAUGUCUGUUGCCUUUUACCCAUACAUACAUGCUGUAGAUUGAUAUGACCACAAAAGCCAUGCCAGUAGAGCUUAGGCCCUUUUGGGCCUCUUGUUUCAUCAAUUCAGCCAGGCUUAUUUCAUACCAUAAAAUAUAGUCAUAUGGCAUUUUUGUACCGCUGUAAUCAUUUUUGUUUUCUUAUAGCUUAAAUGAUAAUCUUUUUAUCUGUGCCGUGCUCUUUUGUAUCAAAUAUGGGUUAACAAACAUCAAUACUCAUGCAUUGAUCGAAUAUGGGCUAACAUACAUCAAUGCUCCAGUGAUCAAGAAUAGGUUAGCAUACAUCAUUUCACAUCCAGUGAUCCAAUAUGGGUUAACAUACAUCAUUACCCCUCCAGUGAUCCAAUAUGGUUUUACUUACAUCAAUACUCAUCCAGUUAUAAACUAUGGGUUAACAUACUUCAACAUAUAUCAUUACAAAUCCAAUUAGCAUAUAUGGGUUAGCAUACAUCAAUACAAAUUUUGAGAUGAAACAUGGGUUAACAUACAUCAUUACAAAUCCAAUGAUCUAAUAAUUUAUAACAAUUGUAUAGAUCAAAUAUGGUUAACAUAACAUACAUCAUUACAUGGUCAGUGAUUUGUGUGUUAAAAGAGUCAAAUGAAAAUGUUAAACUUAACCAAAUGUGCAAUCAGAAUAUUUACAUGUACAGUAUAUGUAAGGCCAUUCAUGUACAGUAUAAGGUCAUUCCAAAUUGGAAAUCUGUUAAACAACUGAGGAGUAAUAGGUCUUGGUCCCUCUGGCCGAAAGAAGAAGAAAUCGGAGAUAAACAGCAUAUUAUGUUUUAACAGAAAUCACUGUGUUUAUUCUUUGGAAAAGUAUAUUAGGGGCAUUUUCUAUAAUAGCAAUUGAGCUAAACAUAUAAAAGAAAAAUCUGAGUUGUAACUUUGCUUGAAACAUCUUAACACUGCACAAAUCGAAAAAAAAUAUAUUUCAUAUGGUUCAAAUUGAAGUGUGAAGUGAACAUGAAUGGGCUUCAUUUAAGAAAUUAAUCAAAAUGAUUGAAUGAAAAGGUUAAACCAGUAUAUAUGGAACAAGUUUUUCAGGGGGUUCUUAAGUUCAGCAUUGAUCCUGAAAUCAAGAUAGAGAGCUCUUUUCUUCAGACUAUUGUUCUGUUGUAAAGAUCAUUUUUUGCUCAGAUAUUUGAAUUAAAAACAGGACGUACCUUGAAAUGAUUAUAUUUCUAUAUAUACCUUUGAAAACAAUUUCAAAUGGGGUCGAAGCCCAUUUACCCUGCUUUGGGCAUGAAUCCCUCACACUCAAACACCCGGGCUGUUUUUCAGGAUUGACGAUUAACGGCUGUUCGAACCCCAGGAUAUUUAAUAUACCGUGAUGUGAAUAAAAUGAUUACACAUUUUACUCUAUUUUGUGGCUGUCAUAUUAAGAUUAUGAUACAAUGUCACUGCAUAGGCUUUAAUGUAUAAAUUGUAGCUUAUGUUUGUUUUUUGUUUUUUUAUUAUCAGUCAUUUUAAUAUUUUAUCUGUUUUGUAUUUGAAGUAUAUUAAUUUCCAUAAGUUUUCAAACUAUUAUGGUUGGAGUUUAGAAUGAUUAUAAUGUUAUUUUAAAUGAUCGUGAAUUGUUGUAAGAUUUCUGCCUCAUAUUUUCAAAGUGUUCAGUAAUAAUAAUUUAGUAUCAUCGAUGUAUGUAUGUUCAUUUGAAAUGAACUGAAUCUCUAUGAUUGUGUUUAUUGAUUUUAUUGUAAAUAUUGAAUGAGCCAGUUUAAUGAAUAUUCUUUAUCCAAAUGUGAUUUUGAUUGAUCAAAGUCACGUUGCUUGGAUUAUGAUCAAUAGUAUCUCUAGUUAGAAUAUUUGAGAAGAAAACAAGAGUUUUUGUUUGAAGAGAAAUUACAUAUAAAAUAUUAUAUUCAUUUGCCUUAAUGAGAAAAUGAUAGCAGGGUAACUUGAAAAAAAUGUUAGUUCUUAGAGUCAUUGCCCUUGUUAUGAGAUAUAUUAUUAGUUCUCUCCCUUUAAAUGCUAAAUGCCAUUGAUUUCAUAUCCGUGAUGCUUUGUGUUAAAGGUUUUUAAAAAUCUAACAGCUUUUAUUUAGCAAUGUGCCAUUACUCUUAAGUUUAUGUUUCAUUUCCAUAUUUUAAUUGUGGAUUAGUUUGUUAUGAAUGAGUAUAAUUUUUUUAUUUAUAUAUAUUUUUUUAUUUGCAAUUAUUUUAUAUAUAUACCUAUAGCUCAAUGGACCGCAUAUUUUAAUCAGAUGUCACAUGAUUAAAAAUAUUGUUUUCACUGAAGUGAUGAUUUUUAAGCUUUACUUCUUUAAGAUUUUUUAAAUUUAGCUUGUGACUGUGUUAUGGUCCAAAGAAGUUAUACACUGUUAUAGUAUCUCCUGAAAAGUGGCCAGAAAAAAAGAAAUAAAAAUGUGAUAUUAUUUUUACAGUAAUAAGAUAAGGAGCUGAAUGAUUUAAAGAAAUUUUUACCUGAAAUUAAGUGUCAAAAACUUAAUUUUAUUUUCAAGGGCGCAUGUAUAAUUUUAUUGACAUCAUGUAUUAAGAUGCAUUUUUCUCAUUUUGUACACUUGUUUUAAAUCACAAAUACUGAGUCAUGUGUACAUAAUAUCCAUUUUCACAUGUUAUGCUACAAAUCAUUUAAAAUCAUUACUAAAAUAUUUCUCAAUGAAUUUCUGAUGCUAGUGCCUAUGGUAGAUAUUUUCGGCGUUCACGGGAAAAUUGAUAAAAUGUUGUUGGAAAAGAGUUUGAAGAAAAAUAGGUAAAUGGUUUGAAAUGAGUUUUUUUUAAGUACUUCACUUUGAAGGAACAGCUUUAUUGCUGUUCAUAAUCGUAAAUGUCAUGUUCUGUAUUUCGGCAAAAAAUGUGGGUUGUUUUUUUUUCGAAAAAAGCCUUGAACUGACAUGCAUGCCAUAUUGAUAGAAUAAGGUCACCUACUUUAAUAUUUUAAAACUAAGUGGAGCAACUGUUAUAAACAUUCAAGAAUGUAUGCUAUUAUUAAGCAAAACAUGCUUUAGGAUAAAUUGUUCAACAUUGAAGAUUGAUAUUCCUGUGAACUGCCGCAAUAUUUCAUUAUCUUAAAGUAAUAUUUGCAUGUAUUUGUAACAUCGUCGUACCUACAUGAUUUCAGAGUUUAGUGUAAGUCAUUAGUUCCAAUUUGUUCGGUGUUGUACGGUACAGAUUUGUUCUGCUUUCUUAAUUGUACUUGACGGCGAUUUUGACAUUUAUGUUUACUGCUCGAAAGUGUCAUUUAUAGCAUGUCUGAAAAUCAUCCUUAUGUAAUAAUGUACAGUUAGUAUACUUUCAAAACAUAGUUGUACCGACCAACUGUAUUUGUCCUUAUUGAUGCGCAAGCACUAAUAGACGCAUAGGUAGUCUUUCAAUGAUGCUUAUCCUAAUUAAAAAUGUUAUGUUACCGAAGAUGGUCACCCAUUUUAUUGACUGUAUACCUCUACCCUAAUGUUCUACAGUUACACACCACAAUUUUUUAUACUAUCUAUGUGGACAAUGAAUAUACUGUUUAAGGGUAUUAAAAAUGACAUAUGCAGGGGACUAUUAGGACAAAUACGAUUCAUACCAAAGCUAGACAAAACACUGAUGCCAAAUUUUGGAACAAUAUGUCAUAGUUUGUAGAGUUCUCUUUAACAUCCCUAAAAAAUUACUACUGCAAUAUACUCAAAACAUGUGUUUGAAAGUGUCAUGUUUGGUGCUCAAAAAUAAAAAUAAGAAAAGAAUUUUCGAAUUUAUUGAAACUAGAAUUGAAGCAUAAUUAAUGAGACCAAUAAAUGCCGGUAAUGUCAGAUUCUGUGAUAGUAGGUGAUAGCACUCUUUAUUGACAAAUAUAUUUGUAAACUCUCGAAUUUCAUGUAUGUCUUAAUAUUGCUAUAUGUUUAAAUGAAAAUCAUAAAUUAUGGGUAAUGUAGGUAGGAUAGGCCUAGUUUCUGCCCUUCAAUGAAAUAGGCAAUUUGUUGAAAUUUAUUUGAUUUGAAAACAACAAAUAUUUUAAUGUUUAUUGUGAUUGAUUGGUCACUGCCUGAUUUUCCUCCUACCAUAGGCCUCAUCAUUUUUUUGUUUUUCAAUGUUAUUUAUCAUUUAGAAUCAUCAUCCUGAUAAAUUAUACCUACUAAAUUCUCUACGCAAGUGUAAUUUUUUCUCUACCGGCAAAUACCCAUUCGAGUUUUCAUUUUAUGUAUGUCUAAAUUAUAACUUGAUUCUAUACGCAGUGUAAUUUUAGGCAGAUACCCGUCUUGAGUAUUGAUUAAAUCUACAAUGUAUGUCUCAGUCUUUCUGGAGUUUCGGAGACAUAUAAUAAUUAGUGUGGACUUAAUAUUUCUAAUAUUACACAAUGGCAUAAAUAGUUAAAAGCUCUGUUGGAAAAGAAAUCAUUAAAAAUUCUUGUGAUUUUUUUUGGUUAUAUCAAAAGUAGGAAUUGAAGGAAAAUCAGAAUAAAAGGAAAACUUACGAUCUUUGUGGAAUGGACUUGUAAAAAUCAUGACAAUAUUUUUAUGUAAUUUUCAAGCUUGAUAUAACUAUUUUACUAAUGGUACUAUAUUUGGAUUUGAAGUUCUUUUUUUUAAAUUUAUUUAUUAUAAAAAUAAGUUAAAAUAAUUUAUGUUAAAUUUACUAUUUAAUGACUGCUGGCAGUUACAGUUUAUAGUAUACACGUGUAGUUAUUCUCAUUCUUUCAUGAUCUAUAUAUAGAUGUUUGCUUUUGUUUCGUUUGUGCAAAAAUUGUGAAGCAUCAUACCUCAUGUAGUGUAGAAAAUCAUCAGCAUGCAAUGUGUAUGUUCAUGUACAUGACAGAUUUUAAAUGAUUGUAGUGUAAAACAUUCUUUUUAUGAUAUAAACACACUUUGCUAGUUAAGCCUUUUUAUAUGUAUGUUUUAGCGGCGCUUUCAAAAACGCUCUCAAAAAGUCAGAAGGUGCGCCAAUUAUUUUCAUUUGAUACCUUUUUCUCUAAGAGAUAUAGCCCUUAGCUGACCUAUGACCCCGAUUUAUGAAUCUCUGUAUUUUUGAGGCCAUACCAAAUUUAUUUCAUGUUUAGUUUCCAGUUCAAUUUUCAAAAGAUACCACCCAGAAGUGAAAACACAAUGGACCUUAGAGCAUGUUCUCUUCACAAUAAAUGUAUGUAAAUUGAAUCAUAAAAAAUUAUAGAAAACGGCAAAUUUGUUUGAAGGUCCAGGGGGCUGUUUCAGUAAAAGUCUUAAGUUAAUUUGCAAAUUUAAAUAAGGUUUGUGUCAAAAUUUUGCUACGUGAAUUAAAAUUAACCAAUAUUGAAAAUAAACAAGAGUUGAGAAAUAAAAAAUCCUGAUGAAUUGUCAUUUUUGACAUUUAUACCAAUUUAUACUAUGAAAAUUAUUUAAACAGCGCCUAGACAAUUAGAAAUUGAACUCGACCGUGUAUAAAAUGUUGAUAUAAUUCGUAACUUGUAUCAUUAUUGUUUUAAUUGUCGAUCUCUAGAAAUGCAGUUUUCUUGUUUGAACUCAAUUUCCUUAAAAUUUACUAUGUGAUUAUUAUUUUAGGCUGAAAACCUACCCACCCGAUGUCGCUCAACGUAAAACAUUCAAUAUGGCAUGGUCUUUUGUUUGUUCAGUAAUGCGCUCAUGUUUGAUAUGGUGUCUGUCAUUUGAGACAAUUUAAGAUUUGCUUUGCGUUAUUAUUCUACAAACCGUUGUUCCAUGGAAGUUACAGAUUGUGGCAGUAUAUCAUUGGUACUGCAUUAUAAUAUUCUCUCCAAUCUAUUCUCAUUGCUUGUAUCACACCUUCGUGUUAUAAGCAACUGCAUGUUUCAUCUUGAAUUACGUGGAAAUAAAAUUAUCCGGUCAAAGA